CCAUCAGAUAUUGUAAGAACUAACUCACUAUGAUCAGAAUUGCCCCCAUAAUUCAAUUAUCUCUAUCUGAUUCCUGCAUUCUUCUGUUCACUGCCAUUAUCCAAACUUAACUCUGCUCCAACCAUACUAAGCUUCUUACUGCAACAAGCUGCCACAGGGGUGAUUAUCCUUGCCAUUCUCUCUCCUUAUAAAGCUCUUUUCCUAGAUAUUUUCAUGGUACUCCCUCUCACUCCAUUCAGGACACUUCUCCAGUGACAUCUCAUUAAAUAGACCUUUCCUGAUUAUACUGUCUAAAGCAGGAGAUUUCUUCCCUCAUCACUCCUAUUCCUCCUCUUUUUCUCACUUACACUCCAAAACUCUGUUUAUUUAUUUGAAAGUGGCAAUAAUAUUGGUGUCUUCAUCAAAAAGUUAUUAAAAUAAACACAUGGGAUGCAUGUAAAUUACCUUACGAAUAAUAAGUCUAUAAUAUUAUAAUUUUUAAAGCAAAGUAAAUAGUACCCCAUAAGCUGCUUAAAAUAUUUUCAUUUGAUGGUGCUAUUGGUUUUAAUAGGGCCAGCAAAUUAAAAAAACCUUUUUAGGGCAGGCAGGCAAUUUAAAUUUGUUAGAACCAGUCAGGCAUAAAGCAAGAGGGGACAAAGGAGGACUGGAGAGUGGAUGCCCAAUGAUAUAAAAGCAUUCACAUUCAAAAAUUAAAAAAUAUAAAGGUAUUGCAUUGGCCCUACAAAACAAAUUUGCAGAUUGAAUUCUGCCUAUAGGACACAAAUUUAUGAUCCUUAGCAAUGUGAAGUUAGAGAAGGGGCUUUAUUGUGAAAUUGACAUGGGUUGUUUUAUGUCUUAUAAAUGAAGUCUCCUCAUUUUCCUGUGGUGAGAAGAGAGGGGGCAAGUAGAAAAACAGAGGAACAAAUGUGGAGGCUAAAAUAACAUUCUAUAUAAGGAAGUAUACUAGUGCAGAAUUAAUUGAUAGCAGGGAUUAAGAGAUUAAAUUAAUUUGAGAUACAUAUUCUAGAGGUAGAAUACACAAUACUUUUUGUAUGUCCAUAUACAGAAAUUGGUUGCAUUUUCCUUAAAUAAAAAGAUUUUUUUAAAAGUCAGUGAGCUGUUAUGUUUUCUUCCCUCUGACUUCAAUUCCUUGAUUUUUUCAAUACUAUUUUUUAUAUAAAUUUACUGUCUAAAAGCUGGAUUAGCUUAUGCUCCUUUGUUGAGAGAAGUUGGCAUGCUGUCAAGUGGGCUGGGCAUACUGAGUUUCAGUUUCCUUUCUCUGAGUCUUUGAAACUUCAAGGCUGCAGAAUAAUUUCCUUUGCCCAUUUUGUGCCUGCCCAGCUAUCCAGACAGAGCAGCUACCCUCAGCUCUAGCUGAUACUACAGACACUACAACAGAUCAAGAAGUAUGGCAGUGACAACUCGUUUGGCAUGGUUGCAUGAAAAGAUCCUGCAAAAUCAUUUUGGAGGAAAGCGGCUUAGCCUUCUCUAUAAGGGUAGUGUCCAUGGAUUCUGUAGUGGAGCUUUACUUGACAGAUGUUGUAAUCAAGGGCCUACUCUAACAGUGAUUUAUGGUGAACAUCGUAUUAUUGGAGCAUAUGCAGAAGAGAGUUACCAGGAAAGAAAGGCUGCCUCCAUCAUCCUUUUUGCACUACAAGAGACUAAAAUUUCAGAAUGGAAACUAGGACUAUGUACACCAGAAAGACUGUUUUGUCAUGACAAUGUAAAAUAUAACUCCACAACUAAUUUCCAGAUAGAGUUAAGAAAUAGAAAAGUGAUUAUGGGCUCAAAGACAACGGAAGAUCUUGGACUUGUUCAAAAUUGUACUAUUUCUAUUCAGGAUUGUGAAGUUUUUCGAUGUGAAGAUUUACUGGAUGAAAGAAAGAUAAAAGGGGUGACUGAGCUCAGGAAGAGCUUAUUGUCUGCCUUGAGAACUUAUGAACCAUAUGGAUCCCUGGUUCCACAAAUACGAAUUCUGCUGCUGGGUCCAGUUGGAGCUGGGAAGUCCAGCUUUUUCAACUCAGUGAGGUCUGUUUUCCAAGGGCAUGUAACGCAUCAGGCUUUGAUGGGCACUAAUAGAACUGGGAUAUCUGAGAAGUAUAGGACAUACUUUAUUAGAGAUGGGAAAGGCGGCCAAUAUCUGCCAUUUAUUCUGUGUGACUCACUGGGGCUGGGUGAGAAAGAAGGUGGCCUGUGCAGGGAUGACAUAUUCUACAUCUUAAAUGGUAACAUUCGUGAUAGAUACCAGUUUAAUCCCAUGGAAUCAAUCAAAUUAAGUCAUCGUGACUACAUUGAUUCCCCAUCGCUGAAGGACAGAAUUCAUUGUGUGGCAUUUGUAUUUGAUGUCAGCUCUAUGGAACACUUCUCUUCUCAAAUGAUAGUAAAGAUCAGAAGACUUCGAAGGGAGUUGAUAAACGCUGGUGUGGUACACGUGGCUUUGCUCACUCAUGUGGAUAGCAUGGAUCUGAUUACAAAAGGUGACCUUAUAGAAAUAGACAGAUGUGUGCCUCUGAGGUCCAAGCUAGAGGAAGUCCAAAGAAAACUUGGAUUUGCUCUUUCUGACAUCUCGGUGGUUAGCAAUUAUUCCUCUGAGUGGGAGCUGGACCCUGUAAAGGAUGUUCUAAUUCUUUCUGCUCUGAGACGAAUGCUAUGGGCUGCAGAUGACUUCUUAGAGGAUUUGCCUCUUGAGAAACAGGGAAUCAAAGAAAGGUAAUUAUCAAGUGUGCACAGAGAAGAAAAUUGAUAUGUGAAAGGUUCACAUAAAUUUCUUCAUAUCACAGAAGAUUAAAAUUCCGAAAGGAGAAAACAGACCAAAGAGAAGUAACUAAGACCGAAGGGAUGUGUUUUAUUAAUGUCUAGGAUGAAGAAAUGCAUAGAACAUUGUAGUACUUGUGAAUAACUAGAGAUAGCAUGAUUUAAAGUCAUAAUUGUGAAAAAUAAUAAUAAUUUUUCUUGGAUUUAUGUUCUGUAUCUGUGAAAAAAUAAAUUUCUUAUAAAACUUGGGUCUAA